AUGACAGUCUCCGUCGUGGGCGGCGAUGAGUACGUCUGUCCCUUCUUGUUCGAUUUCCUGACCAUCAGCGAGCUUGGGAGGGCGGCCUCUGUCUGCAGCACGUGGAGGACGAAUGCUGCCGACGAUGAGCUGUGGCGGGAGAUAUACGAGAGGACACAGGGCCCCUGGCACCGGCGGGGAAACAGCCGCCUCUCCUUCCUGGGCCGCCUCCACGAUUCCCUAGCAGGCCAAGACGCAGACGGGGGCGCCGCGGCGGUCUCCAAUACCCCCCCCUCCACGCCGGCGGAUUCGAGUCGCGGAGCCCCUGCUGCCGCGGAGAAAGCGGGGGAGACCCGGUCGUUUCCGGACUGGCCUCGGCUGCGGCACGGGAGGUGGAGGGAGGAGCUCAAGGCGAAUUGCUGCCACGUCCCGGCGGUCGAGCUAGUCAAACUCGACGACCACACUGAUGAGGUUCUGGACCUCAAGUUCUCUCCAGACGGAACCCGGCUGGCGACAUGCUCCCGCGACAUGUCCAUCCUUGUCUACGCCAUCGAGGCCAUGCCCGAAAACCACGGCAGCAGCAAGGAGGGGGAGAAGGAUGACGGUCCCCGCAAAGCUCGCGCCAGCGGCGCCAACGGCGGCAGCGGCGGCGGCGGCGGCAACGGGGUUGACGAGAUGCCCCGAGAUGGGCAAAACAAGCUGCGUCCCUUGGGCUUCAAGGGGCUCGGGGUUCGGCUAAUCCACCGCCUACGGAGGUCUGCCACGGCUUCCGUGUGCAGAAUCUUCUGGUCUCCUUGUGGCAGGUUUAUUCUGUCGUGCCUGGAGGAGCCCCACGGCAACCCCUUCAUCCCUAGCUCAUCGGAACUCUGGGAUGCCUGGCAUGGGCAGCGGUUAAGCCGCUGUCGUUCCCAGCCUUUCGACGUCCACGCCGCGUGGAUGCCGGACGGAGAGCAUUUUGUCGCCGGUCUCGACCUCACCUGGGAUGAAACGGACGAUACGGUGCCCUACACGCAAACCUUCGCCAUCCGCCGCCGGCCUACCCCCAUCACCCGCGGUGGCAGCACCGCCCCCGCCUCCUCGGCUUCGAAGGCGGCUCUUGAGGCGCACGGUCUAGGCGGCGGCAUGGCGAUCAGUGCAAUCAGCGCGAACGCGGCGCGCUUGGAACAGGACAGCAUUGCGAUCGAUGCGAACUCGGCGCGUGCGGAACAGGAUAGCAUGGCGAUCGAUGCAAACUCGACGGGCGUGGAACAUCGCGGUCUCAGUAGCACCCACGAGCACAAGAGAGGUAGUAUCGACACCACCGCGGCAGCACUGACGGAUGACUUCGCCGCUGCAGCCGCGCCGGCAGAGGGAUCAAACGUCGCCGGGGUUUCCAAGCCAUCUGCGGCCGGCGGCGGCGGCGGCCACGCCGAAGGCCCUUCAGCGAUGGGGGUGUCCGAGGGCGUGGGUUGGGGCGAGGAGGCUAUGUCGUUCUCCUCAUGCCUGUCCUCGUCGUCCUCCACGCUGACGCUGCUGCACCUGGGCGAGGCGCAGCAGUCGGCGACGGGGGUUGGCGAUCCCGCGGGGGGGGGGAAAGCCGGAGAAGGGGGUUCCGCGGCAUCAAUCCCUGUUUCUGCGACAGGGGAGGUGGCCGGGAUCAUGUGGGUCGAUCCAGGCCUCGAGGGAAAGGGCUCGCCUGCUCAAGCGUCCGUCACCGACGAAACGGCGGUCGAGUCAGGCGGAGGGCCGCGCGAAGAGCUCCCCGCACAUGACAUGUCGGUUUCACUACCAGAGGAAGAAGCUGUCGCUCCCGCUGGCGCUGCUGCUGCUGCUGCCUCGGCGGCGGCGGCGGCCCCCAGCUUUGGUUCACCGUUCAGCCCUCCGCCUUUGGAACCGGUUUCCAGCCACGGCGGCAGCAGCAACGAAGGAGAAGAAACCAUGCAACCCUGGGGUUGCCUGGGAGGCGACUCGCACCCUACUCCCCUUAUCCAGUACCCUUUCGAACCCUCCGCCUCUAGCGGCGGCGGCGGCGCCCACGCCAACGGCGGUGACGGCGGUGGCCUGUUCGACUUAAACGUCGGGGUCGGGAUCGCGGCCGUGGAGGGCGGCGGCGGCGGCGGCGGCGGCGGCGGCGGAGAGGACGAGGAGGGGGGUGUGGAGUGGGUCAUGCAAGGCGGGGAGGUGAUCGCGCAAGUCGACGACGGCGGAGAUGCCGCUGGUCGCCGAGGUUCGGCUCAACCUUCACAGGAACUUCGCGCAUUUUUUCCCAGCAAUUCCGGUUCGUGGGCUUGCGUGGCCACCGGAGACACUCCCAUGAUGUGUCAUCGGGUCGCGUUUAUCCCGCUGGGGGAGGCUAGGGCGUCGCCGCCGAAAUCGACGUCCACGAGGCCUGCUGCGAUUUCGCCCGGUGACCCGGGUGUCUCGGAUGAUGAUGAUGAUGGUGGUGGCAGCGGCGACGAUGAGAAGGACGUGUUCAUCCGCGUUCUCCGGAGCGGUAGCGGUGGCGACGCGGCCUCCCUUCAGCCCAAGGUCACGGCGAGGCGGAUGGAGGCAGUCGAGUGCGGGGGUGCCGUGCUGAGCCUGAGCGUCACCCGGGACGACCGCUUCAUCAUGGUUAACGUGCGACCGUUCAUGAAAGGCGCCCUUGACAAGCUCCAUCGUCCUGAAGGACGGCAUACUGCUCCGGAGAUAUCGAACGAAAUCGAGCUGCAGGUGUGGGAUGUCGCGACCAAGAAGCUCGCGUUCAAGCUGGGCGGGCACCACGCGUUCACCACCAAGGAUUGCCCUUUCCUCAUCAUGGCGGCGCAGAGCGCUGCAGAUCCCUUCGGCGACUACGUCUGUAGCGGAUCGGAGGAGCACCGGGUGUUCGUGUGGCACCUGCGACACCGUCUGCUCCUCGGUGUCCUCAAGGGACACGAGGACGUGGUGAAUUCUGUGUCCUGGAACCCUAAGUACCCAGGCAUGAUGUCCUCCUGCAGCGAUGACGGCACGGCCAUCAUCUGGGGACCCAGGGUUCGCUGAGGGAUGUCUUCCCUAUUAUUUCUUGCUCUUGUUUUCGGUUGUCGGGCCAUGUAAACUGCUUGCUGUUGUGGCCAUAUGACAACGGGUCCACGCCAGUCAGAUGAGGACCUCAAGUCCGGGGUUUGUGGCCGGAUGUACGACAACGGGUCCACUUCCGUCAUUUAGGGACCCAAAAUCGGC